AUGUUUAAGGUCAUGCGGGAGAGUAACAUGGAUAUGGAUACAGCUGGUUAUAACAUCAUCAUCCAUGGACUGUGCAAGGCUGGUAAGUUUGACGAAGCAGGGAAUAUAUUCACUAAUCUCCUCAUCAGUGGAUUGCAACCUGAUGUUCAAACUUACAAUAUGAUGAUCAGAUUCAGCUCGUUAGGUAGGGCUGAAAAAUUAUAUGCAGAGAUGAUCCGUAGAGGUCUAGUCCCCGAUACUAUAACCUAUAACUCAAUGAUCCAUGGACUCUGCAAGCAGAACAAACUAGCUCAGGCGAGAAAGGUAUCCAAGAGCUGCUCAACGUUUAAUACACUCAUUAAUGGUUACUGUAAAGCAACAAGGGUUAAAGAUGGGAUGAAUCUUUUCUGCGAGAUGUAUCGAAGAGGAAUAGUUGCUAAUGUAAUUACUUACACCACUUUGAUUCAUGGGUUUCGUCAAGUUGGUGAUUUUAAUACCGCCUUAGACAUUUUCCAGGAGAUGGUUUCUAAUGGUGUGUAUUCUAGUUCGAUAACGUUCCGUGAUAUUUUGCCACAGUUAUGCAGUAGGAAGGAACUAAGAAAGGCAGUGGCAAUGCUACUGCAGAAGAGUAGCAUGGUAUCAAACAAUGUAACCCUCUGA